GCGGCGAAGCGAACCCCACGCGCGCCAUGGUGCGUCACGUGGCGCCGCGCGUCACGUGACGACUCGACUCGCUGCUCACGUGACGCGCCGGGGUCACGUGACGCGGGCAGCCGUCAGGGUCGGAGGUCGCGGCGCGGAUUCACGUUGCGGGCCUGUGCAGGAGGGAGGGAGUCUCGGAGUCUCCACUCUCUCUACUCACGCAACCAUCUCCAUCCACCCCCGUGGCUCUGCAUCACUCCGGUUGACUGCGUACGGCCUCACCAUGGGAGUUAAGGGACUCUGGACCCUGCUGGACUCCACCGGGAGACCUGUCGACCUGGAGUCUCUGAGGGGGAAGGUCCUGGCAGUCGACGUGAGCAUCUGGAUGAACCAGGCGGUGCGGGGGGUGCGCGACCGCCAUGGCAACCCCAUCAAGGCGGCUCACCUCGUCACACUCUUCCACCGCGUCUGCAAGCUGCUCUUUUACGGCAUCAAGCCCGUGUUUGUGUUCGACGGCGCCGCGCCGCUCCUCAAGAGGAGAACUCUGGAUGUGCGGAGGCAGCGCAAGGGUGACGCCGAGCGAGACUCGUCGCGUGCAGCCGAGCGGCUCAUGAAGGUGCUGCUCAAGAAGGAGGCCGUGGGCGCCAUGCUGGGCAGGGAGAGGGUGCGCUCGGCACGUGGCGCCACGGACCGAACGGCCGACGCCGACCUCUUCAAGCUGCCGGCGCUGCCCCAGCUCCCGCGCAGCUCAUCGUCAGAGGAGGAAGUGGAGGAGGUGGAUGAAGUGGGCAGGGCUGACCCAGCCACGUGGAGGCAUCAGCUUCAGUUUGAGGAGGACCCAGGCUCCGUGGACGUGGAUUCGUCCGACUUCAAGUCUCUCCCGAGCGAGAUCCAACACGAGCUGCUCACGGAUCUACGCGAGGCUCACAAGCGCCGCCGGACCCUCUUCCAGGCCAUGCCCGAGGAGUCGGUGAGCUUCUCCAACUACCAGCUGGCGGGGCUGCUGCAGCGCAGUCGUCUGAGCCGCCGCAUCGAGGGGCUGCAGGAGGAGAUGAGCGGCAGCGCGAGGGCCCAGGGGCACGAGGGCCUCGCCGGCGCGGGGCCCGGCCAGCGCGUGGAGUCCCAGCGCGUCGUUUCCGAGGAGACCAGCCACUACAUCCUCAUACAGGGUCCAAGGGAGCCCGAGGGUCCGGCUGCGAGCGAGGGGACCGCGCCAGCUUCGCCCGGCGGCUCCAGCAAGAGCGAGCGCCCGCUGGGACCCCUCGGCCGCUCCGCGUGGAGCCCGGCGCCUGUGCGCACCAGCGAGCCGAGCCCAGCCAACGGGGCCCGCGCGGGAACUCCGUGCGGGAUUCACGAGGGAGCGGAAGUCACCGCCGUGGAGGGCAGGCUGGCAGUGGGGGCGGCGGCUGCCGCUGCUGUGAAUCGGAGCUCGAGUCGUGGAGCGGUUGCCGUGGCAAUGGGCCUGGGUCAGGAAGUGAUCGCCGUGGCGAAGAGGCUGAAUGAGGAGGCGGUUGUGCAGAGGAGGCUUAGCGAGGAGGAGGCAGUUGUUGUUAAGGAGCACUUGGAUGAGAAGGCGGUUGCCAUGGAGAGGAACCUGAGUGAGGAGGAAGUUGUUAUUAUAAAGGAACACCUGGAUGAGAAGGUAGUUGCCAUGGUAAAGGAGGAGGUCAUGAAGAGGAGCCCGGGUAAAGAAGUGGUUGCCGUGGAGACGAAGCUGAGUGGGGAUGCAUUUGAUGUGGUAAAAAGCCCGUCCGAGGAUGCAAUUACCAUGCAGAAGAGGAUGGAUGAGAAGGCGGUUACCACGGUAACGAUCCAGGAUGCAGAAGUGGUUGUCAUAAAGAGGAGUUUGGGCGAUGGUACAGUUGGUGUGGAAAAGAGUUUGAGUCAUGGGUCGGUUACCAUGGAAAAAAUAAUAGAUAGGCAAGGAGUUGCCACGGAGAAGAACCUGGGUGAGGGGGCGGUCGUCGUAAAGAAGAACCAGGAUGAGACAGCGGUUGCCGUGGCACAGAGCCUAGAUACGGAGGUGGUUACCAUGGAGACGAGCCAUGCGGGAAGUGCUGCGGGGUGGAGCGGACCGCACGGAGUGGAAGGUGGAGGGGAGGUGGAUGGGGGCGGCGGCGGCGUCGCCGUGGCAGUCGGGGACCCCGGCUCCCGCCCGCCCCUCCCGACGCUGGAGGGCCCCACGGGGACCGCGGCCGCCUCCAGCGACGAGGACGACGAGGACUUUGUGGAGGUGUCUUCUGUGAGCGAUGUCGGCUUCGAGCGGGGCGAGGAGGAGGAAGAGGAGAAGGAUGAGAAGGAGGACAAGGUGGAGGGGCUAGAAGGUGAUGCUGGGAUCUCUGUCGCCGAGUCUGGAGAUCCAAGCCGGUGUGACCCCGUGACCCCAGGGGAGCAGAGUCCUUCAUCCCUGAGCAUCCCAGCACAGCCACCUAGCCCAGCCUUCUCACCCAUGACACAGGAGGAUCUGGAGAGCCUGCAGUACGACCUGAGCGAGGAGGAGCAGACGCUGGUGUCCGAGCGGGGCCACCAGGAGCGCAUGGCCACCACCAUCACGGAGCAGAUGUGCUUCGAGUGUCAGGAGCUGCUGCGCAUGUUCGGCUUGCCGUACAUGACGGCGCCCGGGGAGGCGGAGGCUCAGUGCGCCGCCCUCGACCUCGCCGACCGGACCCACGGCACCAUCACCGACGACAGCGACAUCUGGCUGUUCGGAGGCCGCUACGUCUACAAGAACUUCUUCAACCAGAACCGGCACAUCGACUUCUACCAGCUGGUGGACGUCCAGCGGCACAUUGGGCUGGACAGGACGAAGCUGGUGAACCUCGCCUACCUCAUGGGCAGCGACUACACGGAGGGCGUCGCCGGGGUCGGCGGGGUCACGGCGCUCGAGAUUCUCAACGAGUUCGGCGGCCCCGGCAUCGAGCCCCUUGUCACGCUGCGGGCAUGGUGGGACGAGGCGCAGAAGAACCGCAAGCUGCACGCCCGUCCCGUGGAGAGCAAGCUGAAGCACAGGCUGCGCCAGCUGACGCUGUCGGAGGGCUUCCCCAACCCGGCGGUGGCACGGGCAUACCUCGAGCCGGCCACCAGCACCGUCGCCGGCGGCUUCUCCUGGGGGCAACCGCAGCUGCUCAGCAUCGCCGAGUUCUGCCAAAGCCGCUUUGGAUGGGAGGUGAAGAAGACGGAGGAGCUGCUGCGGCCGGUCUUGAAGCAGCUGAGUGCCACCCAGAGCCAAUCGCGCAUCGACUCCUUCUUCCCGGUCGUGCACUCGGAGGUGAGGAACAUCAGGAGCAAGCGCAUGAAGCGAGCCAUCACCACCAUGAAGCGGCAGGAGGCGCAGGCUCCAGCCGAGGCCGCGGGUUCCGAGCCAGGGCCGGAGCCGACGGCGCCAGCCCCCGCCGGGGGCUUCCUGGGGCCAGCCGCGGACUCGGGCGCGGCUCGCAGCAACGGCUCGAACGACGUUCCGCGCCCGGGGCCCAAGAGGAAGCGCGGGGGAGCGGGCGGGAGCGGAGAGACAGCCGCAGGGGCCUGCCCAACGGGGAAGGCGGCGACGCAAAAACGCGCCAAACGCAAACCGCGUCACAAAGAUGACAGCAGCAGCAGCACCAGCAGCAGCAGCAGCAGCAGCAGCAGCAGCGGGGACGAGGCGGCUUGCGACUUCAACACGAGCGGUCGCACGGUGACGGCGCAGUCGGCCUUCAGGGGCCGCUGCGGCGUGGCGCGAGGCGGGAGGCGAGCGAGGGCGGGCAGGCGGAGGUGAAGCGGCGCCGCGCGGCCCCUGGGGCCUCACGGCAGUCGCGCCUCUCAGGGAUUUGCUCGCGACGGCCGCGUACGCGGGUUCAGUGUUCACGUUCUGUCUGUCGCUUCCCGGCAAGCCACCGUUAAGGAGGUCACUGGGUCCGUGGACUUCUGGCAGCCGUCCUUCCGCUGUUAUCCCAUCUGUUGCUGACCACUCCGUGUCAUUCCUCUCCAUCCUUGUGCCCUCUUACACUCCGAUCAGUCCGUCUCCUCCUCAGUCGGCCUUUGCCUGCGAUCCGUCUGUGUUAUUCGACAUCGUAUGGGUCGGUCACAGUGUUCCAGCCACGUUCAUGGUGGUUAAGGGCUCGCUGUGACCAGAAGAAACCAGGGGCCUAUGGUAUUGAUGAUGAGAUAUGUAAGACACAUACCCUUUGAACUUGGCCAAUAUAAUCAUAGCCUACAUUUAUUUUUUUACCACACCAAUCUCACGGGCUUUAAGAACAAUUCUUCAUCAUUUUCUUUCUGGAUCAAACUGAAUUAACAAAACUUAUCUCGGCGAAGUCGCCAAUGCUGCACGCGGCGUCCUCUUGUAGUCCACGUGAUGUGUUGCGGUGUUUGCCGCUGCCACUGUGGUUCAGCAGCCUUCCACCUCUGGUCUCGAGGAGCGUCGGGGGUUUGAAUGAACGUGUUUUUCAACCGGGCGCUCUGUGGUGUUGUUUGUUUUUUACCGCACGCUGAAAUUCUCAACAAUGAAUUCGCCAGACAUCCCAAUCGGCAUCGUUCUGAACGAGUGCUGUGACCCAUGUGUGUAUGUAUGUUGAACUUCUUUCGCACCGUACGUAGCCAACCGUGGCUCAUCGGAGGUGCGGGGGAAGGACAAUAACGAGGUUAUUGCCGGGUGAAUAAAGGGCUCAAACCUGUCGAACAUCGAUGACCUGAACAAUAUCUCGCGUCCACGAUUAAGGUCCAGAACGUGGCCGUGUUGGAGCCGCUCACAGAGUGUGCGCGAUGAAAAUUUCGUCAUCUCAACGGAGUGGUCCAAUGGGUUUCAGGCAACAUGCCCAAAAAACACUUGAUCAGCAAGCUCACCGCCGCAUUGCCUGGCUUCCACAACACAGCUCAUCAGUGACCCCACCACCGCCACCAUACUGUCCGGCUUCCGUCUUCCAUAGAAACAAAUGUGCAGCGCUUUACCGGAUUCUCACAAACCACAGAAGAUGCGGACACCUGAUGCACACGACGUGGAAACUCAGAGACUCUGUCUUGUGUACAACUGCAACUACAGACACUAAAUCAUGGCCCACGUACGUAGCUUUCCACUGCCUCAGAUGCACAUGGGUGGGUGAGUGAGUGGAUGGUUAUUGAAUCCCUCUUGUUUAGGCUACAUAAAGCCAUCUUGAAGAGAGAAUUAAGAGCUAUUGUUCAUUAUUUAUUGUAGAUGACCUGUCUACAACCAGGCUUAGGUUUUUCACAUUGUGAGGUUAACCAUGAGGCGAAAGAGAAACGAGAGUUGCUUCACAGCGCUUCCGUCUGCCUCUUAGAUAUAUUAAGUUAACUUCGAAAUACAGUCGUAGUGAAAUAGGAAAUGUCGCUGUCGAUUGUAGACCAUUCAAGCCAUUGACUUGCCAACCUCAUGAAAUUACGUGGCCAUACGCCACAACACCGAUAUUUAUAGUGCUACCUUGUAAACCACGCCGGUGCCAAACGUACAUUUAGUGAACACGCUUGGAGGCGCGUAACGCCCAGCAGUUGACUUGCUGAACGGUCACGAUUCGGGAUCGGACUUCAAUCCAACGGUCGAUCGCAUUUCAUCUCGUAUCUCCUCGCUUGGUAUUUGUCAUGUUGCGUCUCAUUGCCAUCGUUCUGACUGCUUCAUUAGUCCAAAUGUAUCAUCAUAUCGUUGGAAUAUGCCGUGAAUAAGUCGUCUCGCAUGGAUUGGACGGGGUGUUCUAAUUUGCAUAAGAAUCAAUUUUAAUUAACGAAUCGAUGCAUCCCUAUGUUUACAAACAUUAAUUUACGGGGGUUCGGAUUUAGACCGAAUAAACAAUUGUUGGUGAGGAAAGAUCUCGCCAAAAUUAUGCUUCUCAUAGUAAUUGAAUCUCUGGACGUGUCAUCCCUACAUGUCUACGAGUAUGACACGUACAGGAAAUGUCCCCACAAUAUAUUGUUAUCAAAAAUAUUCAAAAAUAAUUGCUAUGCUAUGUAAAUAAAAACAACAAUUUGCUAAACCUUGGCCACAAUAUCUGGACUUGUCUUCAUAUAAAUCAAUGCAUAGAUUUCUGUUUAUAUGAUUGUGGUUAUGGUUGUACUUUAUGAAUCCCUAAUCUCUGUCAUUACAUACAAUGAAACAAGAAAUGGUAAAGAAGAAAAACAGACAUGUAAUACAAUACAAUAUUAGACAUUAUUGUAAUAAAUAAAUAAAAAGCCCA